CGCAUGGCCUCCGCUGUCGUGGCCAAAUUUGGCAAAGCUUCGAUGGUGCGGAAACAGUCGAAACAAGUCCUGGAAAUUGCUGGGCAUUGCUUGUAUGACUUGGGAGUGAACGUCGGAUUCUAUGACAAGCCGGAGUCCGGAUGCUGUAUUCUCUAUAUAAGAGAGCUUGCUCUGCUGGUAUGCUAUUCUUCAGCCCAGCUCUUCCAUUCUUUUCCAACCCCAACACUCCAGUCCUUCGCUUCAAAUCUUCAGUCACUCUUUCUUGAACUCGUCAACACUUCGACACAAUGAAGUUCAGCACCAUCGUCUCCCUCGGCCUUACAGCCAUCACCGCUCUGGCAGCGCCCACUCCUAGCAUGAUCGAGAAGCGUGCUGUUUCCCUUCAGGAUGCUGCCACUGUCGGAUACGCUACCACCAACGGUGGCACCACUGGUGGAAAGGGAGGUAAGACUGUCAAGGUCGCCUCUCUUUCCGAGCUUCAGGCUGCUGUCAAAGGCGACUCUGCCGCUAUCGUUCUCAUCACUGGUCCCAUCAAGGGUUCCGGUGAGAACGUCAAGGUUGGCAGCAACAAGUCCGUCAUCGGACAGAACAGCAAGGUUGUCCUCGACAACUUCACCAUCACUGUCAAGGAUGUCAAGAACGUCAUUCUCCGUAACUUCGCUAUGACCAAGGUCGUUGGUGGCGAUGCUGUCGCCAUUCAGAAGGCCCAGAACAUCUGGGUCGACCACCUCGAUCUUUCGUCCGACCGUGACCACGACAAGGACUACUACGAUGGUCUUCUCGACAUCACCCACGCCGUCGACUACAUCACCGUCACCAACACCUACGUGCACGACCACUGGAAGGCGUCCCUGAUCGGCCACUCCGACUCCAACGGCUCCGAGGACAAGGGCCACUUGACCGUCACCUACGCCAACAACUACCUGAAGAACCUCAACUCGCGCGGUCCCUCGUUCCGCUUCGGUACCGGCCACUUCUUCAACAACUACUACGAGAACGUCUCCGACGGCAUCAACACCCGCCAGGGCGCCCAGCUCCUUGUCCAGAACAACGUCUUCUCCAACUCCAAGAAGGCCCUGUACUCCACUGACGGUGGCUUCGCUGUUGAGUCUGGCAACGACUUCGGUGGCGCCAAGAACACAGCCCCCAAGGGCACUUUCACCAAGGCUCCCUACACCGUCUCCGGUCUCCUUGAGGCUUCCAAGGUCAAGGCUGCCGUUGUUGGCACUGCCGGUAACACCCUCUCUUUCUAAGCAUUUGCUUGAGAGAGUCGGUCAUACUAGGCGGGAAAUUAUCUGGGGGAGUAUGCAAGUUUGAGUUGCAUGACUGAGAGGAUUGGAAGGGGUUUUACUUCAAACGAAAAGACGUCCGGCAUUCUUGUAUAUAUUUGCGCUGGCCGUGGAUUUAGAUAUACAAUGCUACGGCAGCAAUUGCUUACAACUCUACAUCUUCAUCCCGUGUGGUCAGUAAGGCCUGGCGGAAGACUGUUAAGUGAUGGAAGG